AUGAGCAGCCUUAUGGACAGCGAAGCUGCGCUCAAGGCUAAGGCUGAAGAGCAUGGUUUGGACGCAGGAGUGAUAGCAUCGUUAGUUGGCAGAGGAGUGAAUAGCAUCGGAGUGAAUCCGACCGAAGAUCAAUUACGGGGGCUAGUGAACCCGUCAGAUCCAGGCGGGAUCACUUUGGGAGCUUUGGCCAGCAUUCGUAGGUUGGUCAUGUCAAUCCAUCAAGUGAAAAUGGCCUUACAGAACACCGAGAGUUCCAAAAAGCCAGAGUUAGUGCCAGCGGAACGUCAUGCCAGGAUCAAAAAGCAGAAAACCCAUCUUGCGGGUUACGACCUGACGGGACCUUUGGAGUGUUCCCACGCUUCGUACGACGUUGUAGGAGAAAUGCUCCAGAAGGAUUCAGUAGUGUACUUGCCUCCCACCAAAUUCGGAACUCGGUCUGUUGAAGUUGCAAAAGACAGGCCACCGAAAGAGCUUUUCAUCGACUCCAGCUCCCACUUGGCCGUGACCACAGGGCGCAAGGAGGACAAGUGCAAUGUGAAUUCUGACUUACUUCUUUCACAGGCCUUUACUAGAAGAGCUUUAGCAUGUGACCUCACGGGCCUCUUGCCAUUGCCUUCAACAGUCCGCAAGCAACCAAAGUCGAACAAAUGGAACGAGAACGUUGAGGAGAAUGACAGUGGCGAAUAUCCUGUGCAACGCCGCAAGGCUUCGAAUGAAAUUCAAUUUCAGACACCAGACGAAACAAGGAAGUCUCACCUCAGAAAGCGCAAAUUUUCCACUCACGAGGAUUCAUUCCUCAACAUUUUCUCAGUCAGGCUCAAGGGCCAUAAACUAGAAGACCUAGUCUUCAUUGAGAUUUUCUCGGGUUCAGGGGGUCUCACUGCCGAGGUUCGGAAGCGAGGACUCAUUAGCAGUGUUGGGGUAGACUGUAGCAUUAGCAAGCAGGUCAAAAGCCCAACAGUGAGAUUGGAUUUGACCACGGCAGGCAGUCAAGCUUUACUGAUUGACAUGCUUGGACAGCCCACGGUUGUUGGGUUUCAUGCAGCGCCACUAUGCGGCACAGCUUCCCUAGCUAGAGAGAUUCGUAAACACCUUCCGAACAUGCCUCAACCAUUGAGAAGCCAAGAGGAGCCCGAUGGACUUCCAAAUCUUUGCUUCAUCGACAAGGUGAGAGUGCAAAAGGCAAACCAACUGUACGAUUUAGUCGGGCGCCUGUGUCUUUUUGCCGAGGAGCAUGGUUUGCUUUACAGUGUCGAUCGAGAACCCGGCUCGAUCGUUGUUUUGGCAAACUAG